CUUCGAUCCACCGCUGUGCCGUGCCGUGCCGUCCUCGCCCAGAAGCAGCAGCAGAAGCACGUCAAGCGAACGAGACACGUCUGACCGGGCCAACCCCGGGGCGUGCCGAGUCCCCAACCCCACCGAUCCGAUCGGCAAAUCCCAAGGCAGCACUAGUAGUAGUUGGUUCCCCCCACAGAUCCCGACGCCCCCACCGCACCGCCCCACCUCCUUCUCCCAAAACUCGCGCACCACAGGGAAACGGGUGAAUUGCCCGCCGGACAUCCUUCCUUCCGCGCCAUGGCCGAGUGCCGCAGCCUCAUCGAGUUCCUCCGCGCGUUCGAGCACCGCCGCAGGGCCGCGGACUCCUCUUCCUCCUCCUGCUGCACCGCCCGAUCCAAGCGCGCCUCCUCCCCCUCCGCCUCCUCCAGGCACCACCACCACCUCACCUCCUCCUCUUCCUCCUCCUCAUGCGACCACUGGCCGAUGGCCGCGGUCGACGCGCUCGUGCUCCUCGCCGUGCCGGCCGCGCUGGGCUUCCUCGUGAUCCCGCACGUCAAGCUGCUGCUGCUCGAGAUGGCCGCGCUGCUCCACCCGGCCGCGUCCUGCUGUCUCUCCUCCGUCUUCGCCUUCGCCGCCGCCGCCGCGGCCGUCGCCGGGGCGGCGCUCGGGUGGGGGGUCAUGGGCCACCACACGCGCAAGUGCGGCAGGCCGCGGUGCAGGGGCCUCAAGAAGGCCGUCGAGUUCGACAUCCAGCUCGAGACGGAGGACUGCGUGCGCGGCCGCCCGCCGCGAUCGCCGCUGCUCGCGGCCCAGGGGGCGCGCCCCGUGGAUCUCGGGGACGCGCACCGCGAGCUUGAGGCCGAGCUCCGCAAGAUGGCGCCGCCCAAUGGCCGCACCGUGCUCAUCUUCCGCGCUCCCUGUGGCUGCCCCAAGGGCCGCAUGGAGGUCUGGGGCCCAAAGAAGGUGCGCCGGAUCAAGAAGUAGAGAGGGAACAACUUUCUCCGAACAAACAAGGGCUCCUCGAUGUUCCUUCUCAGCACUAAUAAGUAGUACUAGGUGAAAUAUAAGCUGCACCCUUGGUAAUAACUAUAGGGACAGGGAAUAAGGGAUGAUAGAAAAGGUUAGAUCGGAUGAUAGACUAUACAUUAUAUGCGAUCAUGCAGAGAAUGAUUGAACAUAAAUAUAUGGCUGCUUGUUCAUUCUCUGUUUUUUCAUGAGAUUCUGGAUAAACAAUCGCAGACUACAUACUGUCAUACCUGGUUGCUGUUCUUGCCAGUUGCUUUGUUGCCGCUGACUUUGCAUACCUGACAGUAGUUUGUGUUGAUUUGCACUUUAUGAAGAGCUACUUUCACCUGAUUCA